AUGCCUACCGCAUCGGGUUCCUCAAAACCACCCUCUGCAGCGAGCUCCAAACCAUCCUCGCUCAAGUCUCAGGAUGGCGUCAAGAAAUCCCCCGGCCUAACACCACAGAAUGGUGCAACCGCUAUCAAUGGAAAUCCUUCAUCAGACACGCACCUGAAGCCUACCACGUCUGUGAAAACCCGCCUUACUCGCAUGUUCUCGUCCAAAGAAACAUCGAGACUUCCAACUCCUGCGCCUUCGACUAUCGAUUUGCCAACCCGCCCGCGGGCUUCCUCAACGAACGGCACCUCUACGCCUGCAGGGAAGACUUCGUCCACCGAGAAGGGCAGUGACAAAUCAGUACAAAAGCCGACCGAUAAGACCACAACUCCCGCCAAACCAGCCACAAAAUCAGCCAGUGGCAAAGAACCCUCGACACGGUUCGUCUUGGAUCCAGAAUUGCAAGGCGGCCAUGAACACCAUUUGAGAUCUAGCCGACGCCAGGAAAAGCUCUCGGAUAUGUGGAGAGCGAUCAUCGGUAAGAAGCAGGAAGCCGCCGCCGAACAUGACUUGUCACUCGUCUCAAAUUGGGUGGAUACAUUACAGCAAGAGAAAGACGAAGCUGGAGACAAAAAGAAUGGACCCAAUGCGACAACGACUCUGGUUGAGAAAUACGGUAAAUGUCAGGAGGUCGUUGGACGCGGCGCUUUCGGUAUCGUUCGAAUUUCCCACAAGAAGAUCGGCGGCAGCAACGAAAAGCUCUUUGCUGUCAAGGAGUUCCGACGCAGACCUGAGGAAACAGAGAAGAAGUAUAGCAAACGUCUUACCGCCGAGUUCUGUAUAUCGUCAUCUCUCCGACAUCCCAAUGUCAUCCACACCCUCGAUCUGCUUCAAGACGCCAAGGGUGACUACUGCGAAGUUAUGGAGUUCUGUGCCGGAGGAGACCUGUACACUUUGGUUCUCUCGAGCGGGAAGCUUGAGGUGCAAGAAGCCGACUGUUUCUUCAAACAGAUGAUGCGCGGUGUUGAGUAUCUGCACGAGAUGGGCGUUGCUCACCGCGAUCUCAAACCCGAGAACCUGCUCUUGACUACACGCGGCGCCCUUAAAAUCACAGAUUUCGGCAACGGAGAGUGUUUCCGAAUGGCCUGGGAGACAGACGCACAUAUGGUAUCUGGCCUGUGCGGUUCAGCCCCCUACAUCGCUCCAGAGGAGUACACGGAUAAGGAAUUCGACGCUAGAGCUGUAGAUGUUUGGGCUUGCGGUGUCAUCUUUAUGGCAAUGCGCACAGGCCGACACCUCUGGCGACUGGCUAAGAAGGACGAUGACGAGUUCUACGCCCGCUAUCUUGAGGGCCGUCGAGAUGAGGAAGGCUACGGCCCUAUUGAGUCUCUUCAUCGGGCGCGCUGUCGUAACGUCAUCUACUCGGUCCUCGAUCCUCAUCCCACUCGCCGCUUGACUGCUGCUCAGGUCCUUAAGUCUGAAUGGGUACGCGAGAUUAAGCUAUGCAAGGCUGGUGAGGAAGGUCUGUGA